GAAAUUGGAAACCUGCACUCGCCUUGUACCUAUAGUACUUACUGUUGGACGACUGCAGUACCACAAUAAUGUCGACGUCAACAUACGAAUGCCAGCCGCAGUAUAAUUUUGCGCUUCUGAUCGAUCGUUUCACACAUAUUUUGCUGUGGAGUCCCGUUGUCGUCAUUCUAGCAAUCGUUUUGUUCCUCUACUGGAUGGAGCACCGGGAAAGGCAACCAUUGGGAGACGUGGAGCAAGGUUUCCACGGGUAUAGAGUUGAGAUCUUCAAGAAAACCCAAAGAGAUCAAGGAGACGGAAGAAGAUCAUCAUCAGCGGAAGAAUGUGCGAUUUGCAUGGAGGAGUUUGAGGACGGGGACGAGCGAAGCCUUCUCACGGCGUGCUGCCAUGUCUAUCAUACAAGCUGUUUACAACGUUGGCUCGCUGAAGCCUACAAGAGGAGCUGUCCCCUUUGCCGCGCCCACAUUGUUACUCAUGAUCGUGCUUACGGUGAAUCAAGCGAGGAGAUCAUCAACAAUCAUCUUGAGCAUCAACUGCGGUGAAAGGCUUCUUCAAUUCAAGCGCCACAUCAAGCAAGGUUUUGUUCCUACCGAGUAGACCUCGUGAUGCAUGACAAUUUUUAUAGGCUUAUAGCUAGGUGCUAGGAGUGUAAUGAUGAUGUAAUUUUUAUAUAUGUUGAUUUGAUAUAAAGAUGUUUUGUUAUA